AUGCGAGACUCAGAUUCGGACUCUUCUUCGGAUGACGGCUCCGAUUGGGACGAGUCCGAAGAGGAGAGCGAUGACGAAGAGGGCACCAUCAUGGACUUGGAUAUGUGCCCUCCCGGAUGCGACCAGGGGGAUUAUGAUAACACUGUAGCACAGCGAGAAAAACGCCUAGACGUAGAAGACGAGAUGGCCGAGGAAAAAAAGCUGCUCGAGGUGUGGCGCAAGGAAGUUGAAGCUCUGACCAAAAAGCAACGCGUUGUGGAAAUUGGGCUUAACCAAGCAGAAGCCGAAUUAGAAGCAUUUCAGGUAAUGUUGAUCACAGUCUGCUUUAUUAUUAUACAGUCCUCUUUCCUAGUCUUAUCACAGUCUCUAUCUUGCUCUGUAAAAUCCGUCGGCUCUCUCCCUCGUCCACCUAUUUCACUCGACUCCUGCCACCACAUCUGUCCUACUCGAGGCGUUAUUCGUUCUCCCCUGUGUCUGGCUGACUAA